AUGUACGGCGCCGGUCAACGCCGCACAACCCAACCUGAUAGGUUUGAUCCAUCGAACUACAUUCACUCUCCAGUUCUCCCUGUUCCUAAUUUAGAUACUACUAUGGGUACCCCCAACGGAGAUCCAAGUCAACCCCUUAUUAACAUAGAGUCCCCCACUGUAGACUCCCUCCAAAAACAAAUCAAUGAUAUCAAUACAGUUUUCCAACAACAAUUCGAGUCCCUCAACCAUAGGCUCAGUGAGUAUAACGAGAAGUUCCAGGAACUAUCCAUUCGGGUAGGGGAGGUUGAAAUAGGCACCACCCAGCAGUUAACCCGAGUCCAGAGUGAGUUUCAUGAGGAGUUUGUCAACCUCCAAGGUCAUAUCGCUGAUAUUCAAACUAGUAAUGCUAGUUACCAUGAUACCACACUCCAAGAUAGCAUACAACAUACUAAUAGUGUUCAACAACAGAUAAAUGCGCAAAUCCAGUCCCUCACUGGUCGCGUUUGUUUCAUGGAAGGCCAGUCUGCUCGACUUGCUGCGGUCGAGAAUAAAGUUAAAAAUAUUUCUUUCACUUCUCCAACUCCAGCCCCACCCCCACGUACAACACAGGCUGCUUCUCGGCUUCCCCCAAUAUCUAUUUCACACGCUCUCAGUUCAAAUAUUCUAUCAUCAACAGUUCUGCCUCAAGCACCUAUUUCUAAUAAUUCUAUUCCCCCACACUCUAUUUCAGCCAUUAAUAAUUCUCGAGACAAUCAGUCCCUCUACAAUAACAACAGCAACCUUUCAAAUAAUGUCUCCCAACUCUCUAGUAUCUCUAUGGAUCCCAACAGGAUACCGAAAUAUAACGGGCAGCUCACACCGGUACACCCUGCAGACUUUUUGGACAAAGUUGAUCACUACUUCUUAAUACAUAAUGCCCCUGAUCAGGUUAAGAUUAAUUUUGUCAGUGAUAACUUCACUGGGAAAGCGUUAUUGUGGUAUACUACCCUGUUACCUCCCCCUCUAAUAUAUGCUGAGUUUGUUACGUUGUUCCGUGACUAUUUCUGGUCUCCCAGCCUUCAACGGCAGAUUCGAAAUGAGUUGUAUCGUCCCUACUAUCAUGAAGAUCCCUCCACUCUGUCCGAACACGCCAUGGACUGGAUAAACCGUGCCCGUCAUCUGCAGCCCCCGAUAGAACAAGUGGAAAUGGUUGACCAAAUUAUAUCCCACUUUUCCUACCACCUCUCGCUUGCGCUCCGAGGUCUCAGGAUUCUCACAACGAACGACUUAGUCAAAGAACUGACAUAUCUUCAACGUUCAAACGGCCCCUCAAGUGCUCCGAAUACUCCCAACAAUAACAAUUCAAAUUCUCACUCUCAACAACCGAAUUCAUACAAUAACUCUUCAGGCCCUUCUCGUCAAAAUAAUUACCCUCCUCGUCAAAAUAAUUACCCUCCUCGUCAAAACAAUUACCCUCCUCGUCAAAACAAUUACCAUAGGCCCCAAUAUCCACAAUCUCAGAACCAAGCUCCCUCUCAACAACCCGAGCAGGGAACACCGCCUACGAAAAACCCGUGA